AUGUCAAUUACCAGGGAUUCCAGUAGCUUUUCUACCAUAUUCCUCGACCAACCUCCCAGCUGUCUCCAGUUUUGCCCAACAGCCCCGGAUUUUGUGAUAGUUGGGACUUAUCUCUUGACUGUCGAUGAAUCUAACGCCAACGAUUCAUCUCCUGAGUCGUCUCGCUCAGGCAGUCUUCAGCUAUUCAAGCUAGAUACUCAAUCGUAUCAUCUCUCUCAGGUGCAAAGGCUGGCGCUCCCUCACGCCGUAUUUGACCUCCAGUUCUCUCCGCAUGAUCCUUCCCUCUUUGCUAUUGCAUUGAGUGCAGGAAAAGUGUCAUUAUAUAAAAUUGAGAAAUUUCCAAAAAGUGCUGGGUCAGAAGUUUCUAUAUGUUUUCUGAAUACUCUCAGAGUGCGCAACGAUGACACGAAGCUCAGUUUAUUCCUAGCUUGGGUUCCACCCUUUCCCAUAGAAGCAGAUGAUACUGUCUCACCUACUGUUGGCUUUGCUGUCUCAUUUUCCGAUGGGCAGGUUUCGGUUUUUCGGAAGGAUCAUGCGUCUCUCAUGAUAGAACAAGAGUCAAUCAAAGAGACUUGCAUGGAAGGUAUUCCAAUUGAGAUUUGGAGCUUGGCAUUUCAAAGGAGGAAUGAUGGUCAACUUUUCCUUUUCAGCGGAGACGAUUUUAAUCAGGUCCGGAAAUUCACUCUUUCCAAUGACUCUGAUUUUGACACCGACAAUCUACCCAUCAACGAUCGGGGGAGAUACCAUGAAGGUGGUGUUACUGCUAUUUUACCGCUAUGUGACCAAGAUGGAGAAUCAAUCAUCCUUACGGGUAGUUAUGAUCAACAUGUUCGAGUAUAUCGAUUCGGGACUCGCAGACAAGUUCUUGCAGAUCUGGAUCUUGGUGGAGGAGUUUGGAGACUAAAGCUUCUGAGAAUCGAGAACAAGCCCGUGGAGCCUUCACAGGGAGCCUUGACUAGCUAUCUCAUCCUUGCUAGCUGUAUGCACGGCGGAGCCCGGGUAAUCAGUGUGACCUAUUCUUCGAAGAAUCCAGGAGCUGGAGGCACAUGGGAUGUCAAAGUUAUUGCCCAAUUCACUGAGCAUGAGAGCAUGAAUUAUGCUUCAGAUGUGUGGCAGAAUUACAAAGAACCAGGUAAAUUGCUCUGUUUAUCCAGCAGUUUCUACGAUAAAAGGGUGUGCAUAUGGGAAGCAACAGUAUAA